AUGGCACCCGUGAGCGCCGCCGACUUCGCCCCACACACCGCCGGCGCCGUUGGCGCUUCCUAUGACGACCCGAGUCAUCAUAAUCACCACCACCGCGGACCUCUGCAAAGACCAGCCAGCCCCUGGUCGGAAUGGGGCACGGGUAUACCCCCCGGCUUGGGAGGAGGCGCGUGGACUGGGACCCGGGCUGCGGCCUGGCGCGGAAGCGGGAGCAUACCAGGGCCGUACCACGACAACAACCAGAUCCGCAUUGUCGACAGCCCCCCUGGGCACCGGGACGGAGAAUACUACCACCGCUACGACAACAACCACGGUCCCGGCGAGACAUCACCACGGGUGUCGGUGCCAGCCCGUCCGCCUUCGUGGCAGCGCUACGAGGACCUCGGAAGCCCGUACGACGACCGCGGGCCGUCACACGACACGUACCGGGUCCCUGUGGUCCGGGUCCACCGGCCGCCGCCGCCGCCGAUGCCGCAGUGGGCACCGAGCUCCCCGAUGCUGCAGGUGCCGGGGCGGGAUGCGGCUGAUCCUCAUGGCGACCGGGCCCAGGUGCAUGAUCAGGGGCAGGGGCAGGGGCAGGGUCAAGGGCAGGGAUGGGGGUCGUUUGAGUAUGGGCAGCCCCCUCCGCACACGCAGUGGGACCCGACGAGGGCGAGCCGCGGCGGGCUCAGUGUCAACGAGGAAGUAAGUCCCUUGAGCUCGACAGGGAGCGGGGUGCCCUAUCCUCGGAUGUCGGCUAUCUCUGGCAUGGGGGGUUGGGAGACGAGUCACAGGGUGUCACGGGGAUAG